AAUGGAGCCUUUGUAGUAAUAAAUAAAAAAAUAAAAAUACAGAAAGGAUAGUUUUGGUAUUUGACAGUGUAAUCGCCAAACCCUUUACUCAUUCCCGCGUUGGACUGUACGGGUAGCGGAGCGUUUCCCUGAGCCGCUAGACCAAACCACGAGCCGGUAGCGAUCAACCGCUUUUUCUGGCUUUUCCCUCGCCCUUGAACUGGUGAGCAGCUUUCGCUUUUCAAAUUUCUGCGGUUUCGCCGUCCGAUAAAAAAAUUACCUACGGUUGACGACGAGUCGAAGUUUUUUGCCUUGAUUUUUGACAGAAGGAGAAGAAAAAUGGAGAGCUUACGCCAUGAGAAAAUACAGAAAUUCGAGGAAUUUGUUGAUCGACGCCUUAAACCAGAUCUUGUUCGUGCUAUUGCUGAACGGGACAAGGUCUUUGAACAGCAAAAAAUCUUCUCAGAUUUGCGAAAGAACAUAGAAAAUUUAGAGAAAAACAGUGUAACUAGUCUUCGAACAUUGGUUAAUCUUGGGUCAGAAGUGUAUAUGCAAGCAGAAGUGCCAGAUACACAACGUAUAUUUGUGGAUAUUGGACUAGGAUUUCAUGUGGAGUUCACCUGGUCGGAAGCCUUAAAGUUCAUCUCAUUGAGGGAGGAAAAGUUGGAAAGGCAAAUAGAGGAGUAUACCUGCUUGAUAGCAUCGAUUAAAGCCCAGAUUAAGCUGGUUUGCGAAGGAAUUCGGGAGUUGCUUCAGAUUCCAGCGGAGAAAACCAUAGAAGAGCGCAUCUUUUAGCAUUUACAAACUUGAAUCUAUGAAUCUGUUAUUUCCUGCACAAUGAAAUGGAACUUUUUUAAUUGAUUCCAUUUGCAAUGCUGCUAACCUUUGAUAAAGAACUCUACUUACAAUUA